UGUCAAGUGUCACCCAAAUACGCAAAUCUCAUUAGAUUUCUGUGUAGAGAAAAUUUUGAGAUAAAAAAUAAAUAAACGAUAUAAAGAUGACUAAAGUUCCAUUGCGUGAUCUAUCGCCUAUCAUGCAAGCAUGGCGCAACUUCCUUUUAGGAAGGAAACAUACAAACGCUCUUAGAUUUGAGCCCCUACUAGCUGAUCGUACACAGCCACCACCAGCGAUUCCAGAUGGACCCUCACAUAAACACGCACAUAAUUACUAUUACACCCGUGACGGCCGUCGCGAAGUAGCACCACCCCUGGACUUGACCCAGAAACUUCUAGCUCCAAGCUCUGACAAGGGAGAACCUAAGGCAGCGGCAAAUGUCCCUCGGAGGCCUGGCAAUGUGUACCCCUGGGACAAGCAUUAUGAGUAAAUUAUAUUAUGAAACUUUAAUAGUGACUCAUAACAAAAUAUAUUAACUAGAUUAAAAUACAACUAAAGUAGAGCA